AUGGCUAUUCGUUUGCUUAGAGUUUUGAGUGCUAAGCACCUUCUUCGCCGAACUAAUCUGUUUGCAAAUCAUGCAGCUCCAACAUCAUUGGAUGUGCCUAAAGGGCACUUUGCUGUGUAUGUAGGAGAGGGUGAAAAGAAGAGAUAUGUAAUACCAGUGUCAUUGUUGAAUGAACCUUCAUUUCAAGAACUGCUAGAUAUAGCGGAGGAAGAAUUUGGCUUCACUCAUCCAAUGGGUGGCCUUACAAUUCCCUGCACAGAAGACAUUUUCAACCUCUUCCAAGUUCUAUCCAAUACUACUGGGAUGGCUAUUCGUUUGCCUAGUGUUUUGAGUGCUAAACACAUUCUUCGCCGAUCUAAUCUAUUUGCAAACCAUGCAGCUUCAACAUCAUUAGAUGUGCCUAAAGGGCACUUUGCUGUGUACGUAGGCGAGAGUGAGAAGAAGAGAUUUGUGAUACCAGUGUCAUUGUUGAAUCAGCCUUCAUUUCAAGAACUAUUAAGUAUAGCGGAGGAAGAAUUUGGCUUCAGCCAUCCAAUGGGUGGCCUUACAAUUCCAUGCACAGAAGACAUUUUCGUUAACAUCACCUCUGGCUUACAUAGACUAUGA